AUGGUUGACGAGAAAGGCGAUCUCUGUUUAUGGGAGCAUCUGGUGGCUGGCGGCGGGGCGACACUCUCCGCCGUCAGCGUUAUGCACCCGUUGGACACGAUCAAAAUCUACAUGCAACGCGCUCAGGUGGCAACCGCAGGCGGCAGCGCUAACGUCCGGCCGACAAUGCUCGGCGCUGCGCAAGAAAUCUUGGCUCAAAGAGGGCCCGGAGGAUUUUACGCCGGCCUAGGUGCCAAUCUCAGCGGGCAAGUGCCAGCAGGCGCGAUCAAGUUUGCAACUUACGAGCUGCUGAAGCAACACGCCGUGCAGAAGCGGCUCCCGGCUGCAGCACAGGGUUGGGGCGAAGUCGCCUCUGCAGCGCUGGCGUUUCUGGCCUGCUCUGUAGUUCUGGUCCCCGGUGAGGUCGUAAAGAGCCGCCUCCAGGCCGGUUUGUAUCCGAGCUUCCGCGAAGCGCUUCUGCGUAUCAUUGAGCAGGAUGGCGUUUCUGGACUCUACAGGGGCUACUGGGCCACAGUUACGCGUGACGUCCCGUAUACGAUGCUCGAGUUUGGGCUAUACGAGCAGUUUAAACGAGCGUGCAUGUGGUCUGUUAAGCGCGAUCGACUACAUUCCUCAGAGGAAUGGACCAUGGGUGGCCUCGCUGGCGGCGUAACCGGUUGGUGUACCACCCCGCUCGAUGUCAUUAAGACGAAACUCAUGACGUGUGCACGCUCGCAAUACCGCGGCUACUGGGACGCCGCUCGUGACGUUUGGCAUCGAGAAGGGCUGAGCGGCUUCUUCACCGGGGGACUCGCCCGCGUGCUGUGGUUGGUCCCGUUCACAGCGGUGUUCUUCGGCAGCCAUGAGAUCAUCAAGCGAUUUUUACGAAGUCGUAAGCGGCAAUAUUCUACGUUGCGAAGCACCAGAAUCCCUCGGAUGGAUCCGGAGGCGUCUGCGUCCUCUAACUGCACCUGUCGAUACAAGUCCAUCAAGUGGUUCGGAUCGAGUACUCUUAUCUGUGACGUCCGGAUCAAGCCUGCGUAUCGCUCGCCUCGACAUCCGUUCUAG